AGGUAGCGUUUAUAUUAACUAUCGGCUGGUUAAUGAUGAAAACACAUAUUCCUCCUGUUCCGCCUGAGGUUUCGUCAAGGUCACCAGAUAGUGCACGGUGCGCACUUACAGCCGUAGGACGACAGGAGUCGUGGAACACCGUUGGAACAAAGGAUGAAUCUGGAACAGGAAUAGUUAUUGAAGAAGCAGAGAUUGUUGAUUGUGAAGCAGAAGCAGUUGGAGAUGAUGGAAUGCGAUAUCAGGAAGCACUUGCUUAUAGAGUGGUUCAAGUAAAUGGUACGUCAAGCAGUAAUGAAAUAGAACUGCCUGUAGGACAACCAGGAAGCAAUACUGUACAAGUGUUAACGUCUCCUUUGAAUGGACAGUUUUAUGUCAUUGGCAAUGCUAAUGAUGUUUUCACUACUGCUCAAACGUCUAGGUCAUUAGUUCCAAGGACUACUCUUCAAAUAGAAACACCAAGAAAUUGUACUACUGGUUUAAAGAAGAGAGACGACAGAAGAAGAGCAACGCACAAUGAAGUUGAACGUCGGCGUAGAGAUAAAAUUAAUAAUUGGAUUGCAAAAUUGGGAAAAAUAAUACCUGAAUGUAAUGCCACGACCAAUACCAGCGCAGGCAGUAAUGGUGGAGAGGGAAAAGCAAAUUAUGAAACGCAGAGCAAAGGAGGGAUUUUAGCGAAGGCUUGUGAGUACAUAGGCGAAUUACGUGCAGCAAAUCAGGGCUUGGGUCAAUGUUUACGAGAUAAUGAAAAAUUAAGACAGGAAAUAACUGCCUUAAAACAGCUGAUUUCGCAAUUAAAACGCGAAAACCUUCAGCUUCGAACACAGUUGUCUUCAUCUUCAGGGACAAGUGCUGAUGUCCAUUUGAGUUCGUAAUUUUGAGUUAGAGUAUAACAUGUAAAUAUUAGCCGUCAUGUAAGAAUUAGAAAUAUCUACUUUGUUUUUCCUUUUCUCUCUCUCUCUCUCUCUCUCUCUCUCUCUCUCUCUCUCUCUCUCUCUCUCUCUCUCUCUCUCUUUUAUUUUACUGUUUGCUGUUUUUUAAACUGACAUCGACUUGUAGUAAAUUCUAUGAUUUUGGAAUCGUAUCAGAAUUUGAUUAAAUAUUUACUUACAAUUAGAUGAAUUAGAAUAUCCUAAUAAAUAAUCAUGAACGGUCUUUUAUAAUUAUUACCACCUCAAAUAUGCAAAUUGCAUUUUAAAUGCUGUGGUUUAAAGUAUACUUUGUUAAUAUUGUUAUUUGAGCAGUGUCUAUGUAAGUUGCGCUAUAAUAAUUGUUAUUUUAAUUAUCAUUUAAUUAGGAUUUUGAAAGUAAUAAGAAUGACCGAAAUUUAUGAAUGCGUAUAGGUGUGUGCGUGUGUGCGCGUGUGCGAGUGUGCGAGUGUGCGAGAGAGAGAUAGCAUUGCCGAUGCUAUGAAAACACGAUGCAAUAUUUUAAUAUAUGAAAAUAUUUCUUCUAAUCCAAAGACGGGAUUAAAACGUUUAGUUUCUACAGUCAAGUUUUAUAUAUAUUAUAAAAUUGUACGUUCUUUCUCAAUCUAUAUAACAGGUCAAAAAAAUUUCUUUUAUCAUAAACAAAGCGGAUUUGUAUAAUGAGAGUUUGAGUUAUGUGUUCCACUUGAUGAUAUUGUAUAUUUUUAAACCUGCAACCAAAUUGACCACCAAGGUAUAAACACGUUACUAUUGUGUUUUAUGUUUACAAAUAUAUUGCUUAUUUAUAUUAUCACCAUCGCGUUUGAAUUUAUUAUGUUUAAAUCAGUAAAUUGGCCCAAUGUUCGUCAGACAUUAUUGUAUCGGAUACAAUGAUUUUACGCUAGAUUCUUCUCUUUAGUAAUUAUUUCGAAAUGUUUAUACAAUUGUGUAGAUAAAUUUAAUAAUGGAUUAAUUAUCGGGAGAAAAUUUUUGACCAUCGUCAUACAGAUGCAAUCACAAUUAUGAAUAUUUUUUGAUCUGCAAAUAUCCAAUUGAAUAUUUGUGAAUAUUAUUGGAUAUAUUUUAUUUUUAAUACUUACCUUAUAUUAACGCGCGAAUAAUGUAGUAUAGAGUAUGCAAGAAACUAGGAUGGGAUGUAAAACGUAUUAAUUGUACUUUUACGUUUGUGUAAACAACAAUGUGAUAUUUGCGCAUACAUAGUAAAUAACACAACUAAACUUUAAUUAGGCAGUAAAUAAUUGUAAUAUAUCGUUAAUGUACAUAGUAUACUGCAUUGUUACGUAAUUAUUAUUGAUCGUCAUCGCGUCACAUUAAAAUAAUCUGAUAAAAGUGA